AUGGCGUGGGGUAAAGUAGUUUGGUUAUCAGCUCUUAUUUUGGGCACGACUUUAAGUCAACCGAUACCUGAUCCAGAUCCUCAAAUUACUUACACGGAAAAUCCCCCUUGUGAACCCUGUGAGCCAGAACCUCCAUGUGCUCCUUGUGAUCCAUGCUCACCUCCGGGUUUUGAUGACAAUGACGUCAUCAAGAUUGGACCUUGCAAUCCUUGUGAGCCAACUGUUAACUAUUUGUAUGGUCAAGCACCCCAAGGUUCAGUGAUCUUAAGACCUGGUCAAAUUCGGUUUCGGCCACCUCCUCCAAUAGUUGUCCGACCAGGAACUAUCCGUCUGCCCACACCGCCUGCAAUAUGGGUGAAACCACCACCAGUUCAACCAGCUGCCCCAGCUCCAAUAUACGUGAAGCCAGACCCAGUGCAACCGCCUACCCCAGCACCGAUUGAAGUCAGGCCUAAGCCUGUGUAUCCACCUCGGCCUGCUCCUAUUGUUGUUAAACCUGCGCCAGUUCAACCACCAAAGCCUGCUCCAAUUAAAGUACAGCCACCUCCAAUACAGCCACCAGCACCGGAAUUGCUAGUUGUGAAACCUCCCAGCAUUACAGCACCGAGUCCACCUAUCAUCUGCUUCCAACCAAACCCUCCGUCUCGCUUUAGGACUUCAGGCUGCGCGGUCGUUUCCUUAUACCAGUCUCAACCACCGUGCCCAACAGAACAUUCUCCCAUGACACCUUGUAUCCCACCAUGUCCUUCUCGAUGA